GCGCAGAACAACACGCGGUCACAAGUCACAACGCGGUCGUCCAUUUUGUUUUUCCUCUGUCGAAAGAAGCGUUUCUUAUUUUAAGUAUGUCAGGUCGCUAUACUCGUCCUCCUAACAGUUCUCUUUUCAUCAGAAAUGUCCAUAACGAUACCAAGCCGGAAGAUUUGAGACGAAUAUUUGGGAAAUAUGGUCGAAUUCAAGACGUCUACAUUCCUCGAGAUUAUUACACAAAAAAAGUCAGAGGAUUUGCCUACGUACAAUUUGAAGAUAUCCGUGAUGCAGAAGAUGCCUUAUACUACCUGGACAGAAUAAUUGUGCUUGGCCGGGAACUAGAGGUUCAGUUUGCUGAAGGAGAUCGAAAAACUCCAAAUCAAAUGCGAUCAAGAGAUCUUAAAUCUUCUUUUGGGUAUGAGAGAAGAUCAAGAAGCCGAAGUCCCAGGUCAAGAAGAUCAAGAAGUCGUAGUCCCAGACGAUCAAGGCAUCCUAGACGUUCAUACUCUCGCUCAAGAUCUCGUACUCCAGAGAGGAGACGUGGAAGAAGGUCAUCAGAACGUCGUAGUCUAGAUAACCGUCACUCAAAAAGUCAGAGCAGAAGUCCGUCUAGAUCCCCUGCAAGAUCAGAUGGACAACGUGAUGAAGAAGGAAGUCCUAGAAAAUCUCCGGAGUGACGUUAUGGACAAGGUUUUAUUGUGUGUCAUUGAACAGUUAAAUUGUCUUGAGAUAGUCAUUGUACUCCAUUGUAUAUAAAAAAUAGACAUCCCUUCUAUACAUGUUUAGCUAUAAAAAUAAAUGUAGUGUUAGAAUAUUGUGACAUGUACUUUCUCUCACCUUAGGGGCUUCCCUGCUGUAUUAUGGUACCUUUUUACAUACAUUGUAUUCUUAUUUGUGCUAAAAUAAAUUUUUUGCCUCCCAAU